CCCCGCCGCCAUACCCAGGCCGGCUCGGCGUGGGGAAGCCGAGCAGGGCUGGGCCUCGGGCUCUGCGUCCCCGUGGAAGGCCAUCCGAAGAGAGACGUUUCACCCGGUCUCUCGCCCCGACUGGGGUCUCGGCGAGCACGCGGUUACUACCCUAGAACCCCGCCCUCGGUGAAGGCGAGGCUGCGGGCUGCCGGGACGGUUUGAGGACCGGGCCCAGCCGGGGAGACUCCGACCUUCGCCCGCCCCUAGUCCCCGGCCCCGCUCCCCGCCGUCUCCCGGCGCCACCACUUCAGGCAGCCCACUCGGCCCGGCCUCUCCCCGCACCCGGACCACCCCCCACGGGGUGCUCUCACUGUGCAGCGAGUCCCUCCGCUGCCUCCUCCCAGCCCAAAAUGGCGGCGGCGGCGGCCACCGAUCUUCUCGUCGCCUUCCUCUAAGACCGAGAAUCCCUCCGCGCUCAUGACGCCGCCUCUCCCGGCCGGGUCUACUUUCUGCCUCGUGAGAUUCAACGCCAUCAAUGAACUCUUUUAAUUGAGCUUGGGGGGCGGUCUCCUUGUGCCUCCGCACAGCUAAUCGUUGACGAAAGUCGAAAUAUUGGCAGAGGAGCUGGCCAAUCAAAAAAGGCAGCGGUGAGCGCGGGACGCCGCCCGCAAGGGCAGAUGGGCUUUGAAGUGGCUCCGUGACGUGACAGCUUGUGGGCCUGUUUUCCCAGCUAGAAGAACUACAAUCUCCAGCAGGCACCGCGCUGUUAGGCUUGUCCCUCCUCCCAGCCUUAGUGCCUGAACCGCUUGACCAGAGCUGCUACAACUGCAGCAGGAGGUAGGGCUGCGUUGGGAAUUACACAGACAGGCCAUCAUACAGAAAGACACACAGAUGUACUGUGCAUAGCCCUUGACAGCAAAUAGCAGGUGUCACUAGUUAUCGCAUCUGCUGAAAGAUUUGGAACAGAAGAAGGCAGCCACUUUGAACCAACUGUAAUGCAGUCACCGGCAGCACUGGAGGAGGCUAAGAGCCCUGGUGUUCCUGAAAGUCCUGGAACACCCCCUGAGCCUCAUGACCCUGGUGAUUCCCUGCCCUUGACACCAAGUAUGAAGAACCGUUCAGAAGAGGAGGAUCCUGCCGGUGGAGCCCCGGGUUGGGACAGUAAGGACCCCAGGCCCCAGAACCUAGAAAGUUGCUCAGUGGAGGCUGUGCUGGGCAGGAAGAAGCACCGCCGCCGGCCAUCGAAGCGCAAGAGGCACUGGAGGCCCUACCUGGAGCUGAGCUGGGCAGAAAAGCAGGAGCGGGAUGAGAGGCAGAGCCAGAGGGCUUCCAGGGUUCGAGAAGAGAUGUUUGCCAAGGGCCAGCCCGUGGCACCAUACAACACCACCCAGUUCCUGAUGGAUGACCGAAACCCUGAGGAGCCCAACUUGGAUGUGCCUCAUGGGGCAUCACACCCAGGCUCCAGUGGGGAGAGCGAGGCAGAGGACAGUGAUGGGCAGGGCCAAGCCCUUGGAGAGUUCCAGCAGAGGGAUUUCUCUGAGACCUAUGAGCGCUACUACACGGAGAGCCUUCAGGACCGCAGCAAGCCAGAGCUGGUACAACGCUACCUGGAUCUGGAGAGGCGACUGUCGAAGGCUGAGGAGGAGACAAGGAGGCUGCAGCAGCUGCAGGGGAACACCUGCCAGCAGCCCUGUCGCCAGGUGGAGGAGCUGGCUGCUGAGGUAGAAAGACUUAGGACGGAAAACCAGCGGCUCCGGCAAGAAAACGAGAUGUGGAACCGAGAGGGCAGCCGUCAAGGUGGGGAGCUGGGCACCUAGGGCUCCCCACAGCCAGGUUGAGCCAAGGAGGGGUCCCAUUUCAUACACACUCGGGCCGAGUGUGAGGCAGUUGGCAGAUGAAAACCACUUUCAGAAUCCUUGCCCCCCACACCCCACACCAGAAUAGUUAAAACAGAUUCAGGUUUCUACGUUGUCAUUUCCACAAUUUAUUCUUUGAUGUUAUCUUAGUUUUCCCAAAGAAAUUAAAUUGUUUUAAUGAGAUCAAA